AUGAAUUUACGUGAGCUGUUGAAAAAAUAUGGCAACAACGUUGGAUUACACAUGAAGGCAGUGCGAAGUUAUGCACAUCAGCUUCUAAUGGCCCUGCGACUACUCAAGAAAUGUGGCCUUGUACAUGCAGAUAUCAAACCUGAUAAUAUUCUGGUGAAUGAAUCGAAGCUUUCAUUGAAGUUGUGCGAUUUCGGAUCAGCUGGUUAUGUUCGAGAUCAAGAAAUCGCUCCUUAUCUAGUCUCUCGCUUCUAUCGCGCUCCCGAAAUCAUGCUGGGUAUACCACAUGAUUAUGGAAUUGAUUUGUGGUCUAUAGCUGUGACUCUGUAUGAGGUGUACACGGGAAAAAUCAUGUUUCCUGGGAAGAGCAACAAUCACAUGUUGAAGUUGUUUACGGAAGUCAAGGGCAAGUACCCAAAUAAGCUCAUACGUAGAGCACAGUUCCGAGACCAGCAUUUCGACACGAACUGCAACCUUCUUUAUCAUGAAGUCGAUAAGGUCACUCAGCGGGACAAGGUGACAGUAUUGUCAAACAUACGGAUAUCACGUAACUUGGAGUUUGAACUUAUUGGGGAACAGGAUCUUGAUCGCGAUGGUCUGUCUCAGAUUCAAUCAUUCCGAUCACUCUUAGAACAGAUGUUAGUGUUGGAACCUAUCAAACGGAUAACGUGUGGCGAAGCUAUCAAACAUCCGUUUUUCUCUAUGAAGUGAAGCUCUCGGAGUUAAUUGAAAUUGUUAUUGGUGUUGUAUAGUGGAAAUGACUGCGACAGUGGAUCAUCAGAGCAAUCGUUUGCGCUAUGGUUGUAAUUAAAUUAUGUGUUGUGUUCAGGAAAAUAAAAGUUUAAUGAUGU